CCUGGGGCCUCAUGUACUAAGACUUGCGUUGAUUUCAUACUGAAACUUGGCGUACGCCAAAACCCAGAAACUGUCUUACGCACAAAUAAAUUCAGAUGUAUCAAAGUGUGCGAACGCAUGGAUCCAAGCACGUUUCUUUUGUACAUCUCAAUCCACGUGGAAUUGAGCGCACAUGCCGAGGUGCCAAACUCCUCCCUGUCCACGCCCUCAUUUAAAUAUGCAAUUUCAUUUAAAUAGGCCUCUGGACCUGAGAUUCACCUCUUAAUCCGAUCACCUGGCACCAUGAACAGAGGCAAAAAACGAAACUUCACGGAGUCUGAGCUCGAGAUUUUGCUCCACGAGGUAGAAAUGCGCAAGCAUAUGCUAUUUGGAACCCUGUCAACAGGGAUAAAUGCAAAACAAAAGAGAAGUGAGUGGGAGCGUGUUUGCGAGGCCGUCAAUGCAGUGGGGUCUCAGCAGCACACACACUCUGAAAUUAAAAGAAAGUGGUCAGACCUCAAGGUGGAGGUGAAGCGGAGGGUUUCUGCCCACCGCCGAAGCGUGACCGCAACAGGUUGGGGGACGGGAGUGGGGGAACUCUCCCCCUUCGAUUUGAGAGUGGCCGCUUUGAUCGGUGACACAGCUCUCACCGGAGUGGUGGGAGCCCAUGAAGGGGACACCGAUCAUCCCCAAGACAAGCAAGGAGAGGGCACGGGUUGCUCCGUCGGCCCCGGCGUCUCCUCCGUCGGCCCCGGCGUCUCCUCCGUCGGCCCCGGCGUCUCCUCCGUCGGCCCCGGCGUCUCCAGCGCCCUUCGGAUUUGACCAUUUGCGAUGUCCUCUAACAACGCUAACGCAGCCAUUUUUAAAACAAUUUUCUUCAUCCAUUGCGCAUGCUUUUAUAGCCACCCAUAUAAUUGCAAGUUUCCCAGCGUCACCUCUAAGUGUCGCCAAAGGAACAAUAGCUGUAGAAACGUGCGUACGACAGCUCUGGAGCUGGCGUGGGGACCGCACAUUUUUACGGUCAUUUCACGUUUUGUACAUCUGAACGUGAGCGUGGAAAAGGACGUACGCCACGUUUUUGUGCGUACGCAACCUUAGUACAUGAGGCCCCUGGUCAUUACAGAUCACUUCACGAAAUUCGCAACAGCGAUACCAACCAGAGACCAAAAGGCAAAGACUACUGCCAAGGCACUGUGGGAAAACCUUAUAGCGCCUUAUGGUUUCCCCAGCCGCCUCCACAGCGACCAAGGGAGAGACUUUGAAUCCCACACCAUAAAGGAAUUAUGUUUUCUCAUUGGAGCGGAAAAGGUGCGCACAACACCUUAUCACCCUCAAGGGAACCCUGUUGAACGAUUCAAUCGCACACUCUUGAGUAUGCUUGGAACCCUGGAGGAGAAAGAUAAACAUCAUUGGAGAGAUUUUGUGAAGCCACUUGUACAUGCGUACAAUUGCACACGAAAUGACACUACUGGUUACUUACCAGUAAUGUUCGGAAGACAGCCUACAUUGCCAGUCGACUUUGUCCUGGGAACCAGCCCUGCUGCAGGAUCUUGUACUACUCACUCAGAGUAUGUAAACCAACUGCGCCAGCGUCUGCAGGAAAGCUACGCAGUGGCUGCUGACAAUAGUUGCAAGAGAGGAGAACAAAACAAAGCCAGAUUUGAUGCCAAAAUCAGGGCAGCUGAACUAGUCACAGGAGACAGAGUGUUGGUGCGAAAUGUCAACAUUCGCGGAAAGCAUAAACUGGCAGACAGAUGGGAGCGCACAAUCCAUGUUGUGGUGAAGAGAAUCAAUGACGGACCAGUCUAUGUAGUUAAGCCUGAGAGAGGCAGUGGUCUACACCGAACACUACAUAGAAAUCUUCUUCUUCCCUGUGGUUUUCUACCCGUGGAUGCAGCUCCGGAAAAGGAAAGGGACACAAAAAAGUCCACAAGGAGAAAACUGAGAAGCAGGAAGGGUUCAGACCCAGAAAUGGAUCAGAAUGAUCAUGAGGAUGACAUGAGUGAGGAGGAAGAGGAAAGCUAUUGUUUCGAGAGAGUCGUAGGGGUGACAACAAAACCUCCCAUCAUGCAACUUGCAGGAGAUGGACGAUUUAGACAGCCUCCAGCUGAUCUCAACUCUCAGGCCAAUGAAUUCACUCCUCAAGUCCCCAGGAUCUUGCCUGAGGAGGAGCAAUUCGACCUUCCGGUCAAUGUGCAUGAGUCAGUCAUUGAAAUGGAGAAUCAUGCAGAUAACUAUCCUGCAACGUCCCCUGACCAUGUUAUCAUAGACAUCCCUGGGCCUGACAUGCAAAACCCUCCUUCACAACCUGAAGAGCAGACCCCAGAGCUUACAGAGCAGGCACAGGAUAAACCUGAAUCAGAGCAGAGUCGUGAUGUUCAGUCAACACAUGCAGCUUUGUCUGAAAGUGAACCUGAUGAGCCCAGACGCUCUACCAGAGAUAGACAUCCGCCCCAGAAAUUUACUUAUGAAGAGCUAGGGAAGCCACUUAUUCUUGCUCUUAGUUCCCUCUUUGAAAAACUAAAUUUUUCCCAAAGUUUGGGCACAUCCAUUACUGAUUCAUCUGUAGAGCCUUAGAGCCUUGUUUUACACAAAGCCGACUUUAACUAUGCAAAGGGACUUGCAUAGAGUCAAGGGGGGAGAUUGUAACCCAGGUUAACUGACCUAAACAAAUAAAAGGUUAAACACAGUAAUAAAUGUAUAGUGGGUAUCUAAUAUAGCAUGUUGUAUUAAGCCAACUACAAUUUAAAAACUAUAAACAUGGCUAUAAAGUAAA